AUCUGGGGUACAGAGAGCGCGCGCCACGUUGUUGGUCUUCCUCCUGAGAGACGGGAGCGCCUGCAGUCCCGCGUCCUCUGUUACGACUGACCACCUCAUCAGCAGCUGGAGUUCGUAAGGAUCCGUUUAUUGUAUCUGUCACUGUAACCUGAACGAAGCAGCUUCAUGAAUCUGCCCCGCUGCGCAGCGCAUGCUGAGCUUUCCUGUGUUUCUCGCUGAAGAUGCUUACAGACAUGAUAGCCGAGGAGGAGUUCGAGAUCAAAGAGGAAGAACCGUGGUACGACCCCCAGGAUCUGGAACACGAUCUUCAUUUGGCUGCUGAGUUGGGCAAAACCCUCCUGGAGAGAAACCAUGAACUGGAGCAAGCUCUCCAGCAGAUGUAUGCUGCCAACCAAGAGCAGCAACAGGAAAUAGAGUAUCUGUCUAAGCAGGUGGACUUGCUCAGGUCAGUGAAUGAUCAGCAUGCUAAGGUCUAUGAGCAGUUGGACACCACUGCACGUGACCUGGAACAGAGCAAUCAAAGAUUGGUCCUGGACAACCGCUCAGCCCAUCUUAAGAUUGAGGGGCUCACAGAGACCAUAAAUGGGCUGCAGUGUCAGGUGGACAAGCUGCAGAGGGAGGUGAACGAGCUGAAGACUGUUCCUUCUGAGCAGACCACACCAGACCUGCUGGAGUCACAGUGGCCAGCCAGUAGCCCAACUCCUCCCUGUUUGAAGGAGCAGUACCAAGCCCACAAUUACCUAUCCUUUGAGCAUUCUGUUUCUGCGAGCACUCCCUCUGUAGAGGAGGAGGACUUGGAGGAGGAGCACUCUGCCCUUUUGCACUCUGUUGAGACACUGCAGGCCCAGUUGAAUGCAGAGCGUGCCCUGAGGGAGAUUGCCGAAGAAGACGCUGAUGCUCUAGCACGAGAGAUCAGCGAGCUAGAGCCACAUGUGACCCUGGUGGAAGGCUAUAAGGCUCGGCUGGCCGAGCUGGAGGCAGAAGUUGAGGAACUCAGGCAGUUGUGGCGGUCUGAUUCAGCCUCAGGUGGAGCUGGCCACUCCCACCGGCUGCUGCUCCCAGAUGCAGUGUUCUUCCCUUCUGAGGAAGACAUGAGUGAGGUGUGGCAGAGGAGCCACAUGCUAAAGCGCUGCAACAGCGAGAGGCAGCUGAGGGGGGCCAGUAGCAAGGAUGGUAGCCUGAGGGACAUGGGGCAUGUUAAUGUCUGCAGGGGGCAUUCGGAGAUAGUGAAGUACCACCAGGGCAUCUCCCUGCUGAAUGAAGUGGAUGCUGAGUACAGUGCCCUGCAAAGGAAAUACAAUGCUCUUCUGCGCCGCUGUGAAGACAGGCCCCAGCCACAAAGUCACAAAGCUGUGCAAACAGCCAUAGUCACUCAGCACUUGACCCCAUCUCCAGCCAAGCACCCCUGCUCCCAGGGGGUCGGUACACAGGAUGAUGUCCCACUACCUGAAUAUAAAGUCCUUUUCCAUGAGAUUUUUGCUUGUAUCCAAAGGAGCAAAGAGAAUCUAAGGGAGAACAGGGCCAAGUCCAGUUUAAAUACAGUAAUGCACCAUGAUGCCUGUACGCUAUAAGCCUCUUAGAUUUGUCCUCCACAAGGGCUCGGCAAGUGUCCCAGUAUGAGGUUCAGAUUUAAUCAAGCAGUCUCACGACUGUCUGAACCAGCAGGAAUCUUAAAGGCAUGUAUGUGUGAAGGAAACUGUAGCUUAUUUCUUAUCUUUUAGUGUCUAUUCAUUGGCACGUUGUACAAAAUUACACAUUUCCGUCUCCUGGAACUCUCUGGGUGCCUAUUUUGCAUACUGUUAUAUUUGAAAAUGCAUUACAUGAGAAUAUGAUUAUCUUAAAGCAUCUGUUUUGCAUUGUUUGGUGCUUAACAUUUAUUUAAACAGUUUACCUUUAACAGCUACACACUUAAGUUUACAUAAAAUGCUUACUAAACUAUGGGUGUGGAUAUCCGAGUUAAUGAACUCUUGGUAAGGCGUUUGAUAACAGUAGUAGGUAACUUGUCAUCAUAAAUCUAACAUACUGAGCAGCAUCCAGAUGCCACACACACCAUCUUCAAAUGGUGCAGCAUGACAUUCACAAAGCAGGAUUUUAUAAGCUUAAAGUUUAAGCUUAGUUAAGCUUAGAUCUCACAACAGAGGAUCACUUCAUUUAACAGGAUAUGUCACCACAGCAACUUGUGCUGCACGUCUAACCCAAGUUCAGAUUUUGGAUCAUAAACAGCUCUUUGUCAGACAGGGUGGGCUUCUGAUCAGUCAGUGACAGCCUUCUGGCGGAAUAUAAAACCCACAGUCCCUUCUUUUUCUUUAUGACGUCUGUAGAGCUAUACAAUAAUACUAAAUAGAGAUUAAGAAUGUAAAUCAGUUACUCCAGUAACAGCACUGUGGCAGUGGCAACAUCUAGUAUUGUAGGAAUUAAGUCCAGUCUUGGGCUUUUCUCUCUCUCAGGGUAAGACACAGACACUGUUUCAAGAUCAGCCAAGUAAGAGGCAACUGGAAACUGACCUUUUUUUCUAUCAACAAAACAUUCAAACAAAAUAAAACAGUGCUUUCUCUACAUGUUUAAAUAAAAUCUGUUUGUUACUGGUUGGGGAUCUAAUUGAUGCUUAAAUGAUGGCAUGUUUAGUGAUGUUUAUUGGUUCCAAAAUUCAAACAUCCGCUGAAAGCAGGGUGAAAUGUUAUUAGUGCUUUAAUUUAAUGAUAAAAAUGGAUGUAGGUUUAGUUUAUACUCAGUUGAUUUUAGGUGGUGAUUCUGAAGUAGUUUUAGAGAAGACACAGUGAAUGAACACCAUCAUUUGAUUGACUAUAAUAUAAUGUUAAAAAUAAUAUUCAUAAUUAUUUUAUUCUUUGGCUUUAUUUUAAUAUUUUACCAAAUAUUAAAUAAAAUAAUUGUUGAUAUCGUGUAUAAUGAAUGAACAAUGAUACACAAAUAAAUUGAAUUUUUCCAUACCCUUUUAUUUGUAUGUUCAAAGAAAAUUAGAAUCUGGUCUCGGUCUUGACUCAGACUCACCUACUACAAAGACUUCGUGUUGACUCAGUGCAUCCAAGUGUCUGUCUUGCCCAAAACACAGUUCAACAUCUGCUUUGUCUUCUGCUGUAGAUGUUAGCUACUGUGGUUACCUGUUAAAAUGCACAUGUAUCUCAAAAUGGUAAACCUGUUUACAUUUUGUGUUUAUUUUCUGUGUUAUAAUCUUCUUCUUUCGGCUGCUCCCUUCUGUGUUAUAACAAAUAUAAAAAAAUAUUUUAAAAGAUAAAUUAAAAAAAAGCAUUAAACUAGCCUCUACACCACUUCUUAGACUUCAAAUGAAGAUUUAAAUUCGAUUAAUUAAAAAUUAGAAUAGACAGAUUACUCCAAAAUAACUAAUGAUACUGUACAGCAUUAAAAAUAUACAAAAAGGGGUGUUCUGCUGUUUAUUCAAACUUUCUGCAUAAUUAUUAAAAUACUGAUUUCAUUGUUUAAUUAUGUAUCAAUUCAUUAUUCAUAAAAGUGAAUGCUUUAAAUGCCAUUUGGCAUAUGGUAUAUUUGUUUUAAAAUUCCACUACAUUAGUAUUAAAAAAAAAAAAAAAGUAACAAGUGAUUUCAAAUUUCAUUCUAAUAGUAGUGUCAACAAGCUAAGCCAAGAAACGAGACAGCAGAAGCAGUACUUUGGUUGCAGUGUUUAUUGAGCAUAACGAUGUCCAACCGAGACAGCUGAUUUCCACGUUUAGGUCAAAACCCCUUUUUGACUGCGUGUCCGUGUAGACAAACAACAUGGUAAAUUUCUGAAUAUAUGGAAUGCAUCAAACUGCUGAACAGGAUCUAAGAGCCAAGAUGUCUUGAACAUAACAAGAAGUCUUCUGUUAGGAAGGAAGGAGCUAGAUGUGAAAUUAAAGUUGUUCCAGUCAUAAAGCAAAUUUAAUAAUGGUAAUAUUUCCCCUGAAUAAUUUAGAGGCACUUUCUCUUGACCUAAAAACACUUGUCACUCAGUAUAUUUUUUCCACCAAUAAACAAUCCCACACUUA